AUGACCACUCCCGCCGACCCGCUCAUUCUAGAACCAUACUCCCUCUACAUCCUCCUCUUCGGCCGCGGCGAAACGUACCGAUUUCACUGGGGCUUAUUCCUCACCGCUGGCUAUCAGACGGCAACAACCGCAGAAACAGCAGAAACGACACCGUCAACAACAGGCACAGCUACCACUACAAUUACAAUAGAAGGUCCACAAGAAGCCAACGCAGGAGAACCACCAACAACAAACCCCACCGGCACCCUCUUCGAACUCACAAACCCAAACCCUUCCAAUGACAAGCUCUGGGCCUACAAAACCACCCUCCUAACCUCCUUCACACACAGACACAACCCGCUCUGCGCCCUGAAAAUCUCCAACAUAGAACCGCUGCUCCAGCUGGACUUCCAUGCCCUCCUGCCCACGAUCCCUAUCGUCCCCUAUUCCCAGCGCUUUGGCGAGGAGAUCUCGUGCCGCGUGUGGCUGAAGGAGGCGCUGUAUGAACUAGACCAGAGCGGGUUUAUACAGCUUGUCCGCCCCGUCGAGGAUAUUGAGAUGGAGGCUCAGCAUCUGGGGAUGAUGUGCUGGAUGGUGGGGAUGGGAAUGAUGAGGAUAGAAUGUAGGACAGCAGAGGAGGGUAGUAGUGAGUAA